GUUCAGGCGAGAAGACGAAGAGGGGGAGGGAGAAAGUGAACGACAAUCUCAGGAAAGUAUGGAGAUAAGACUCCUUAACACUCCUCCAUUCUGUUCAUUCAAAGGCAAACCUCCGCUAUCAGCUCGACCUCGACCACGAGUUUCAUGUUUCGCUCAUGGCUAUUCAACUAAGUGCAGGAGGGAGUACACGAGCGUGUUGAUCGUGCCCACGGGAGUGGGCGCUGCAAUUGGCGGAUACGCCGGCGAUGCGCUUCCGGUUGCUCGGGCACUAUCUUCCGUCGUUGAUUGCCUCAUAACGCACCCUAACGUGCUUAAUGCAGCAAUGCUGUACUGGUCCAUGCCUAAUGUUUUAUAUGUUGAGGGUUAUGCCCUUGAUCGAUUUGCAGAGGGCUUAUGGGCUCUUCAGCCUGUUCACCAAAAUAAGCAGGUGGGACUAGUCCUUGAUGCUGCAAUAGAGGAAGAGCUUCGAAUUCGUCAUUUACAAGUAGCUGAUGCAACCAGGGCUUCCCUUGGCUUGCCUGUGAUGGAGUAUGUUGUCACUGACACGCCCUUAGAGGUGGAAAAGUGGGUUGAUCCAAAGAGUGGCCAAUCGACAGGGAGGAUUAAGCGCCCUGAUGCCUUACUAAGAGCAGUGCAGACUCUAGUUAAACAGGCACGGGUGAAUGCUGUUGCAGUUGUGGGUCGCUUCCCGGAUGACGAUGUUGAAGACGUUGAUGGUUAUCGACAAGGGAUGGGAAUAGAUACAUUGGCAGGAGUAGAAGCAGUCAUAAGCCAUCUUGUGGUGAAGGAAUUUCGAAUCCCUUGUGCUCAUUCUCCUGCAUUAUCACCUGUUCCCAUGAGUCCAUCUCUUUCCCCAAAAUCAGCCGCUGAGGAGCUAGGAUACACAUUUUUGCCAUGUGUGCUUGCUGGGCUAAGCAAAGCACCUCAGUAUUUAGUCAUGAACUCUGAGCCCUUGGAGAAGGAUUGCAUAUCUACAAGUGAUGUUGACAGUGUUAUUCUUCCUAUAGAUGCUUGCGGAGGAGAAGGUACUCUUGCUUUUGCAAGAAGAAUGAGGAACAAGCCUGUCAUAAUUGCUGUGGAAGAAAAUGAAACAGUUCUCAACGACACACCAGAUAAGCUUGGGAUUGAAGUGAUCAAGGUCUCUAACUACUGGGAAGCUCUAGGUGUCGUUGCAGCUCAUAAGGCAGGAAUUGACCCGCAAUCUCUCCGCAGAAACAAAAUUAGUAACAUCCCUCGUCGUUCGAUUAUGCCAGCCAAUGGUGUUCCCAUUCCAGUCAAGAAGUCCAUUAUAUUUCUUCAUAUUUGCGGGUGACCAAAGGAAAGCUUCCCAGUCCAUUUCAAAAUGCUAAAGUUGUGCAGGUUGAUUAAACAGUACACCACACCCCAAACCCCACCUACAAAUAAUCCUUUUACCCCACCCUUUACAUCCAUGGACCAUAGUAAUAGAGAACCUAGGACCUGAAGACCCUAGACAGGUUGUCCUGCCACUGUACCAGACUUGGAUGUAACAUAAAACAUAAAGUCAAAUUUUAUACAGGUUAAUUAAACUUGUCAUCACUGAAAGAUUGGCCACGCACCAAUUUACUCACUUGAGUUCAAACGUUUCAAGUCGGUAAUUUAGGUUCAGGUUUGUUCCAUAGUGUGUUGUCAAUUAGUUGGCAGGUUGGCAGGUUGAAAUAAUGAAAGUGAAGUCUCAUAGUAUGUUGUCAAUUAGUUGGA